GUCUCGGGUUGCAGCAUGCAGCAGUUGGGCCGACAGAGGCUGAGGCCGUGGCUGGAAGAGCAGAUUGAGUCUGGGAAGUAUCCAGGUGUCAGCUGGCUGGACCAGUCGGCACGCAUCUUCCAAAUCCCAUGGAAACAUGCUGCUCGUCAUGGCUGGAGCAUCGACCGGGAUGCGACACUCUUCAGGAGCUGGGCCAUGCACACCGGUCGGUACUGUCCAGGCAAAGACAGGCCAGAUCCGAAAACAUGGAAGGCAAAUUUCCGCUGUGCCCUGAACUCUCUGCCUGACAUCUGUGAGCUGCGGGAGCACAGCCGGAAGAGGGGCACCAAUGCCUCCAGGGUCUACAGGAUGCUGCCCAGCUCUCAAAAAAGCAGACGUCGAAGAAGCAUGCGGCUGUUCAGCAGUCCUCAGGAGAAACACACGAGUUCACAAGAAAGCAGAAAUGAUGACUUAUACACCACACACACCUGGCAACCUACAUCACAGCAGAUUCCAGACACACACUGUAAGGUGGAAAGUGUUCAGCACACCUUUAACAGCACCGAGAUGCAUGAAAUGUGGGAGUCCAAACCAGAGGAACAGGAACACACCGAGGUGGUCUAUAAGCUGAUUGACCGUUUAAGUGGCACCGACUUGUGGAGCCAAACGUGGGAGCAGAGAGGAUGGAGGACACACACUCUGUGGGACCCGUCACAUUGUGCUGUCGAUGAAAACCCAUACUCUCUACAUACUGACAGCUACAGUGACCCGUUUGGUCCAACCUACACCAAAGAUCUCACCGACUGGUCCACACAUCAGCAACCACUGAUGCCAUAG